AUGUCUUCGCAGAUUGCUCCACCGCCGUGCACUCUGCGGCUGGGGCAAGGACGAGCAAGGAGCGGAGGAGUCCAGGAGCACCGUUCCCCGGUGAUGUCGAGCCACAUGGAAUACAGCUCCUGCCCCCGAGAUUGCCCCACGAUGGACAGCCUGGAGAGGCAGCUCAUCUGCCCCAUCUGCUUAGAGAUGUUCACCAAGCCAGUGGUCAUCCUGCCAUGCCAGCACAACCUGUGCAGGAAAUGCGCCAACGACAUAUUUCAGUCUCGAGGGACGACCUUGGGAUCCGCUGGGAGGUUUCGCUGCCCCUCCUGCCGCCACGAAGUGGUCCUGGACCGACACGGCAUCUAUGGGCUGCAACGGAAUCUCCUGGUCGAGAACAUCAUCGACAUCUACAAGCAAGCAUCAGCCAGCGGGCCUGAUAGACCUCUGCUAAAAAGCGAGCACCCCACUUGCGAAGAACACGAGGACGAAAGAAUCAACAUCUACUGCGUGACGUGUGGGGUGCCCACCUGUUCGCUCUGCAAGGUCUUCGGGGAGCACAAAGAUUGCGAUGUGGCCCCCCUCUCGGACAUCUACAUGAAACGGAAGACGGAGCUGACAGACGGGAUCGGUGCUCUGGUGGCCGCCAACGACAGGAUCCAGGCCUACAUCAACGCUCUGCAAAGCACGUGCAGGAACAUUGAGGACAACUCCAAAGCUCAGAAACAGGCCUUGUGCGAGAAGUUUGACCGGAUGUGCGCCAUUUUGGAAGAGAGGCGGAAGAUCAUGUUGCAGAGGAUCACCUACGAACGGGAGGAGAAAACCCAGCAUCUGAAAUCCCUCACCAAAGCCUGCGGCGACCACAUCGACGCCUCCUCCAAGCUGGUGGAUACGUCUCUGCAAUCGAUGGAGGAGCCGCAGAUGUCCGUUUUUGUGCAGAACGCCAAAGUCCUCAUCCGCAAGAUUUCUGAAAUGGCCCAGAGCUGCAAGCUUGACCCACUGGAAUCGGGUUAUGACAAUAUGGAGCAUUACACAGUGGAUUUCAACGCGGAGGAAAGAGUCCUGUACCAGCUGGAUUUUCUCAAAGUUGAAGAAGAGUCCGAACCGGCAGCAGAGGAAGAUGGCGCCUGUGGGGAGGCUGAAGACCCAGGGGCUGGUGAGGGAAGAGAGGACCCAGAAGGCUUCUUUGCCUUUGGGAAGGAGGAGCAGGCUUUGGGAGUCACUUCUACGAUGAGCGAGGGUCUGAACGGCACUGCUGGUGGAGGGGAAGGGAAGGCUGUUCCCCAGCCAGGGGCAGAAAGCCAGGUUGGCGCAGAAGGCACCCUGCAGGCCUCUGAGCAGGGCGAGGACUCCCCACUGGGUCCUAGAGAGCUCCAUUUCCCAGGCUCCGAUUCACCGUCUCUGGCGGAGGGAACCUCCCAGAGCCAUGUCCUGGUGGACGUGGGAGAGCCCCAAGAAGGUGUGGCUGUCGAAGGGUUCAGCACCAUGGAGAGCUCAGCAGAGAAUGGGGAUGGAAACGCCUUUCUCCUGAAUGGAGCGGCAGCAUCUUCUAGCAGCCAGGGCCCAGCCUCCGAUUCUCCUGCUGAUACGGCGAGGAAUGAAGAGAUCAUCGAGCCGCUCCUCAGCAGCUGGUUCAAUCCCACCCUUUGGCUGCACGAUUGA